GAAAAACAUUCAGCCAUCCAUAGACGCAGAUACAAAAGAAACUGAUCUGGUUUCAAGCAGAUGCCGUGUGAAUGCCUUUUCCUCUCUCACUUACAAACAACAGUAUCCAUUCAUUCCUUUUAGCAGGACACAAUAUAGAAACUGAAUUCCGUUUUUUGAAGAGACUCCUUGAGCUAUUCAGUUAACUUCUGCAGUUACCUAAACAUAUUUACCAAUAUAUAUUUCCGAUGGAGUUUGGCACGGGAAGCACCUCUUCAUCUUUUCCAUCUUCUACCUUUGGAUACACAUACGAUGUCUUUCUCAGUUUUAGAGGCAAGGAUACCCGCAAUAAUUUUGUAGGCCAUCUAUAUACUGCUUUAGAUAAUAAAGGCAUACAUACCUUUAAAGACGACGAAAAACUUCAACGAGGAACAAUCAUUAAGCCUGAACUCUUUAAAGCAAUAGAAGAAUCCAGAUUUGCUGUCGUAAUUCUAUCAAAAGAUUAUGCUUCAUCAAGCUGGUGCUUGAUUGAACUUGCAAAAAUUAUUGAGUGCACGAAGAAGACAGGGCUGACAGUUUUGCCUGUUUUUCACGAAGUGGAUCCAAGUGAUGUGCGACAUUUGAAUGGGGUUUUUGAAGAAGCAUUUGCUGAACAUAGUGUUCGUUUUGAGGAUAAGAUAGACAGGGCCGGCUCUAUGCCGCCCCUGAAGAUAGAUGAAGUGAACAACUGGAGAGAUGCUUUGGCAAAAGUUGCAUAUUUUUCCGGAUGGCAUUUACAUGAUAGGAGCGAGUCACUACUUAUUGCGGAAAUUGUCAGGAUGAUAUAUGGUAAAUUGAAUUCUAUAUACUCAUAUGUUCACAAGGAUUGUAUUGGACUGGACUCUCGUGUGACAGAAAUAAUAAAUUCAUAUUUAUGUAUUGAAAUGAAAGAUGUACGUUUUAUAGGAAUUUGGGGAAUGCCUGGAAUGGGCAAAACAACCCUAGCACGAGUCCUUCAUCAAAAGAUUCAUUGUCAUUUUGAUGCCAGUAGCUUUAUUGACAAUGUUAGAGAAGAAAGUUGUAAAAAUGGUCUAAUUUCUCUACAAAAACAACUUCUUGAUGAUAUCUUGAUUGGAAUCAACAUCCGAAUACGGGACAUUCAGUGGGUAAGCAAUAUGAUAAGGGAUAGAUUAUGUAAGAAAAAGUUUCUUAUCACUCUUGAUGAUGUGGAUCAACUUGACCAAUUAGAAGCAUUAGCAGGCAAGAGAGAUUGGUUUGGUCCAGGGAGUAGAAUCAUUAUAACAACUAGAGAUCAACAUCCAUUGUUCAGACAUGGUAUGACUACAGCUGAAAUAUACACGGUUAGUGAACUGAAUGAUGAUGAAUCUCUAAAACUCUUUAGUAGGGAAGUCUUCAAGAAGGACUACCCUCCAGAAGAUUUCAAGGAGCUAUCUGAAAAUGUUGUUCAUUAUGCUGGUGGACUUCCUUUAGCUCUCAAAGUUUUGGGUGCUAGCUUGAUUAAAAGAGAACCAGUUUAUUGGAAACAAAUCCUAGCUAAGCUAAAAGAAGAUCCUCCAGAAAAAUUGAAGAAUGCUUUUGCAAUCAGUUAUAAAGGCUUAGAUUCCAAAGAGAAAAACUUGUUUUUAGAUAUUGCUUGUUUCUUCAAAGGGGAGAACAAAGGUUGGGUAGCAAGUAUACUACAAACAAGCGUAGAAAUAGAUAUUCUUAUGGAAAAAUCUCUCAUAAACAUCUCACGUUUUGGAAUGUUGUGGAUGCAUGAUACACUACAAGAUUUUGGUAGGGAAAUUGUUCGUAGUGAAUCCCUUAAUCAACUCGGUCAACAAAGUAGGUUGUGGCUUAGUAAUGAUAUCUUUCAUGUACUGAAACAUAAUAUAGGAACAGAAAAAGUUAAAGGCAUAUUCCUUAGCUCAUCUUUUCUAGAAGAAAAGGAACAACUGAAGGCUGAAGUCUUCUCAAAGAUGAUAAACUUAAGAUUGCUUCAAAUCAAUCAUGUCCACCUUCCCCGAGGUCUGGAUUAUCUUUCUAAUGAAUUAUGUUUUAUGAACAGGGAAAAUUAUCCUUUGGAAUCCUUGCCAGAAAGUUUCCAUCCAAAUAAACUCAUUGAACUCAAUAUGCGUGCCAGUAGUUUAAGGCAACUAUGGAAGGGAAUUAAGAAUUCAAAGAUGUUAAAACACAUCGAUCUCAGUUACUCCAAGGACUUGAUCAUGAUCCCUGACACCACUGAAAUCCCAAAUCUUGAGAAGCUAAUUCUUAAAGAUUGUACAAGUUUGUCUAAGAUUCACCCAUCACUUGGAAAUCUUAAAAAACUUAUUUCAUUGGAUCUGAAUGGUUGUGUAUGUCUUGAAAGUCUUCCAUGCAAGAUCAGCUUGGAAUCUCUUGAAAGUUUUGGUCUUAACGGUUGUUGGAGGUUGAAGAAGCUUCCAGAGAUUGUGGGAAAUAUGUCACGCUUACCAGACCUUGAUUUGAAUGGGACUGCUAUAGAAGGACUGCCAUCAUCAAUAGAGCAUUUAACUGGUCUUACUCUAUUGAAUCUGAGAGACUGCAAAUCCCUUUUAAGUCUUCCUGAUUCCAUUUGUCGUUUGACAUCUCUAAAAUCGCUUACUCUAUCUGGUUGCUCAAGACUUGACAGAUUGCCAAAGAACUUGGGGAAUCUAACAGGCCUCAAGGAGCUAGAUGUGAAUAAAUCUGCCAUAAGAGAACUGCCAUCGUCAUUGGAGCAUUUAUCUAAUCUUACUACAUUGAAUCUAAGCGAUUGUAAGGACCUUCUGAGUAUUCCAAAUGCCAUUUGCAAUUUAACAAAUAUUAAAACUCUUACUCUAUCUGGCUGUUCUAAACUUGAAGAUUUGCCGGAGAACAUUGGGAAUCUCAUAGGCCUAAAGAAACUAGAAAUUAUUGGAACUGCUAUGAGAGAGCCACAUUCCUCCAUCUUUCUCAUAAAAAAUCUCAAAAGUACUACGUUUUCAAGGAUGUGAAGGGACAUUGUCUACACGGAGUCCAAAUCCUGUGCGUUUGGAAUUGCUCUCCCUAUCUUGUUUGCGUUCUUUAGUCGAACUGGAAUUAAGGGAUUGCAAUCUUCGAGCAGUACCUAAUGAUAUUGAUAGCUUGCACCUCUUAGAAGGACUAAAUCUAAGCGAAGAUAAUUUUGUUUGUUUACCUGAAAGCAUCGUUCGGCUAUCCAAGUUGAAAGAAAUAUAUAUUGAGAAUUGCACUAGUCUUCGAUCUUUGCCACAAAUUCCAUUAUCCACUCUAAGUAUUUGGGCAAAUGGUUGUACCUCGCUAGAAACAUUACCUAAUCAAUUAAAACAUGAAAGCUUUUUUGAGCUGAAUAUCUAUCUUCUCAAUUGCUUCAAAUUGGCUGAUAAUCAAGGCUUCAGUGACAAGUUUUUAACAUUGCUAUCAUGUUACUUUCAGGUACUCUCUCUCUCUCUCUCUCUCUCUCUCUCUCUCUCUCUCUCUCUCUCUCUCUCUCUAACAUCAUGUUUUUUAUGUUUCAGGAACUCUGUUAUUAUGACUUCUCAGGAACAAAUAGUUAUGAUCUCGUUGUUCCUGGAAGAAAAUUACCAAAAUGGUUUAGCCAUCAAAGUGCCGGGGCUUCAGUGACUCUGCAAGCGCCUCCCAAUUUUGAUGAGAAAUGUUUGGCAAUUGGAAUGUGCGCUGCUUUUGAGCAUCUUCC